AUGGCCAACGCAGGACCUAGUAGAAGGCGAUCAGAUGGUCGAAAACCCCAUGAGAUCAGACCUUUGACAAUUGAGAUUGGAGAAUUGGAUAGGGCAGAUGGAUCAGGUAGAUUCGGAUUUGGCUCUACAUCCGCUUUAGCAAGUUGUUCAGGACCAUUGGAAGUUCGAUUAAAUAAAGAGUUACCUACGAGAGCUACUUUGGAAAUCUCACAUAGGCCCUUAGAAGGGGUAGGUGCUACACCGUCAAGAGCACUCAUAACGACCCUGGAAUCAAUCUACCCCCCCGCUCUCCGUUUAUCGCUCUACCCAAGAUCAUUAAUUCAAAUCAUCGUACAAUCCCUCUCAUCCUCUUCUGCUCCUACAUCAUCUACUGGAAGGUACACUGAAAGUCCAGAGAUAUAUAUCGAUACCGAACCUGAGACUACCGAAAAGAAUGUAUGGCCUCAACCUCCAACUCAAAGCGCCCUAGCAGUAGACAAGAAAGAGAAAUCGCCGAAUACAUCAUACAGCUUUAGCUCACGAGCCGUGUCAAUCAAUUCUGCUACUCUCGCUAUACUCGAUGCAGGUUCAAUAGCAAUGAUUCAUUUACCUAUAGCCAUCAGUAUUGCAUCGUUGAAUGAUGAUGAUGGAUUGGUGGUUGAUCCAUCGGCAGAGGAAGAAUACAAUUCGAAAGCGAGAUUCGGAUUCGCUUGGUCGUUCGGAAAGAACGUCAGCCUAAGGGAAAACCAAAGCCAGAAAGAUAGUAAUAUGGAUGUCGAUGAAGCAGAAGGUGAAGAUAUGGAAUUGAUUUGGGUAGAGAGUGAAGGAAAGUUUGAUAAGGAGAAAUUCUCAGACGCAUUGGAAUUAUCGAAAAUUGCUUGUAGGCAGAUAUUAAGUGAGAUAAGAGCGAAGCUGGGAGAGACAUUGGAAAGUAAACGAUUACAAUGA